AUGGCUCCUUCUGACCAGCUUGUGCUCUGCUCAAGCUGCUGUGGGCUCUGCUCCCUCCCAGCUUGUGCUCAGCUCCCAAGCGUUCCCACCAUCCCCUCUGGCCCUUAUGGGAAGCUCACUCAGAACCAGCAGGCAGGAGAGGGAGGAGAGGCAAGACCCUCCACCUCCACCAGGCAGCCAGCCAAGCAGCCACUGCGGCUUACCUUGCAGGAGGUGGGCCCCACCAUGGUGGGCGAUGAGCAUUCGGAUCCAGAGCUGAUGCAGCAUCUGGGGGCCUCAAAGAGAAGUGUCCUGGGAAACAACUUUUGUGAGUACUACGUCAAUGACCCUCCACGCAUAGUCCUGGACAAGCUGGAACGCAGGGGCUUCCGUGUCUUGAGCAUGACAGGGGUGGGCCAGACGCUGGUGUGGUGCCUGCACAAGGAGUGACCCUCUCACACUGAUUUGUCCCUGGAGCACCCCUCCUCUGGAGGGGCUGCCAUGGGCCCCGACCCCCAAGUCCCUGCCUCACCGACUGCCCUGUCUUCCCAGAUCGUCACUGCCCUCAGCCCAGCCCCAGCGGGCAGUGAUGGGCCUUCUCUGAAACCUGCUUCUGGCCCUGGCGCUCCCAACUGCCCUCCUGCUUCAGGCCUGACCUGAGGGCCUCCGAGGAGGCCGUGAUGCGUGGGCAGGCUGCCCCUGGCCCAGAGCUGAGCACCCCAAGGGAGAAUGGCCCCAGGACCUGGCGUGGAGGGUGGGAGGCCCCUGCGUAGCUAGUCCAAGCGCAUGAAGGGCUGUGAUGAGUAGCUGCUCCUCUGCUCAGGCAUGGAUGCUCCCUCCAUGGAGCACUUCCCUGGGGGUUUGCCCCCUCCCAGACAGGGUGCCCAGGCCUGGGUGGAGCCCUCUGCGCAGAGCCCAGCACCCUAAACCUAUGGAUCAAAUAAAGGUAGACUCUUUAAAAAAA